AUGAUAUGAUAUGAGAAGAAAACCAGAUAUUAUAUUAUCAAUUGCAAAAACUAUAAGGAAACAAGAAUCCCCCAUUUCUCUCAUUGGAUUUCUAUUUCCCUAUUUGGGGCUUCUCUCUGUCUCUCUCUCUAUCUCUGGGUAAUGCUAUCUGGAUGCUUCUAGGAUCAUGAUUUUUUUCCCUCUCAUACGUGAUUCGCACUUCUCUUGUAGAGUAUAUAUGGGCUGACUUGUACAUUUCAUGGGAGUUGUAGAGGAUAAUGAGCCGCCUUUGAAACGUGUCAAGCUGCCCGUAGGAGAAGUCAGAACCUUUUUGGACCACUCAUCUGUUACAGGACCUGUAUCUUGCUCUUUGGGAGACUUGAUGGCCAGGCCUCUAAACUCCCAAGGAGAUGGAGAAACAGUUGGUUCAAGAGGAGUCAUUAAAAGAUUGGAAUUCGUCAAAAUCAUAACCAGGGCAUUGUACUCACUUGGCUAUGACAAGAGUGGGGCCCUAUUGGAGGAAGAAUCAGGAAUACCGUUGCACUCACCUGUAGUUAGCUUGUUUAUGCAGCAAGUCAUCGAUGAAAAGUGGGAUGAAAGUGUGGCGACGUUGCGUAAAAUUGGUGUUUUGGAUGAAACAACUGUCAAAAUGGCAUCUUUCUUACUAUUAGAGCAGAAGUUCCUGAAACUUCUGAAAGUGGAUGAUAUUGUUGCUGCCCUGGACACUCUAAGGAAUGAGAUAGUUCCUCUUCGUAUUAAUUUGAACCGUAUUCAUGAGCUUGCUGCCUGCGUUAUCUCUCCUGCACGGUGUUUUAUUUUUUGCCAGGAUACUGAGGGUUCAAAUGCUAGGUCAAAGAUUCUAGAAAAAUUACAGAAAUUGUUACCUCCUACUGUCAUGAUUCCUGAGAAAAGGUUGGAACAUCUUGUUGAGAAGGCUCUUGAUGUGCAACGUGAUGCUUGUGUCUUCCACAAUACUUUGGAUAGUGAUUUGUCGUUGUACUCAGAUCAUCAAUGUGGAAGAAACUGGAUUCCUUCUCAAACAUUGCAGAUUCUUGAAGCACAUGAUGAUGAAGUUUGGUUUUUGCAAUUUUCACAUAAUGGCAAGUAUUUGGCCUCAUCUUCCAAAGAUCAGUCAGCAAUCAUAUGGGAGAUUAAAGAGGACGGUAUAGUUGCAUUGAAGCAUACCCUAAAGGGUCACCGUAAACCUGUGUUGACUGUUUCAUGGAGUCCUGAUGACAGCCAACUCCUUACCUGCGGACAGGAAGAGGUUAUCAGACGCUGGGAUGUCAGUUCUGGGGAAUGCAUCCAUAUUCAUGAAAAAUCUGGUGUUGGCUUGGUUUCCUGUGGAUGGUUUCCUGAUGGCAGGGGGAUAUUUGCCGGCAUGACAGACAGGAGCAUCUGCUUGUGGGAUUUGGAUGGGAAGGAGCUGGAAUGUUGGAAAGAGCAGAAGACACUCAGGAUAUCAGAUAUGGCCAUAACUGAUGAUGGAAAGAAGAUCAUAAGCAUGUGCAAAGAAAAUUCAAUACUGUUGCUUGACAGGGAAGCUAAAUUUGAGAGUCUGAUUGAAGAGGAGGAAACGAUCACUUCAUUUUCACUAUCAAAAGACAAUAAGUUCCUUCUGGUUAACCUUAUAAACCAAGAACUCCAUCUGUGGAACAUAGAAGGCAGUCCCAAGAUUGUGUCUACGUAUAAAGGCCACACACGUACUCGUUUUAUAAUCAGAUCCUGCUUUGGUGGAUUUGAGCAAGCAUUUAUUGCAAGUGGUAGUGAGGAUUCUCAGGUGUAUAUAUGGCAUAGAGGCUCUGGUGAAUUACUGCUGGCGCUACCGGGACAUUCUGGAGCUGUUAACUGUGUGAGCUGGAAUCCAGAAAACCUUCACAUGCUGGCUUCAGGUAGUGAUGACCGAACAAUUCGAAUAUGGGGUUUAAAUCACUACAGCCUGAAGCAGAGAGAACAGAGUAAUGGAACUGUUCACCGCUGCAACGGGAGAAGUUAAAAAGAAGAAACAUUUGUGAACAGUUGUAAAAUUCCUUGGAAGUUACCAAGAUUUUAAUGUUGUUAAAGUUGAUUGACAUUUGUUUAAGACGUGGGAACAUUUACUUCUCUUCAUGGCAUAUGUGAUAGCUGGCAAAUGGCAUGAUUGUGAGCCUGUUAUCUGCCAAAAAGAAUAGAAAUUUAAUCUUCUGUAGAAGCUGCAUCCUUGGAUGAGUGUUUUUCUCUUUUCA